CCACCGCCACAGCCCUCGCUGCCGGGAGCGGGCGAUUAGUGGACGCCAAGAGCCGCCUCUCCCCGGCAGAAGGCGCGGAAGCGAGAGGGGAGGCGGAAGUGCAGGAGCUCCCCAGCGCCCACCCCCCACCCGCCCUCCGCCCCCUUCCCGGCACUUCCCGCCCCGGCUCUCGCUGCGGCACUAAAGAUGGCGGCGAAAACAGAGGGCGGCAUCCGCCUCAGCGCGCUUUGUCCAAAGUUCUUGCAUACCAACUCUACCAGUCACACCUGGCCUUUCAGUGCAAUUGCAGAACUUAUAGAUAAUGCUUAUGAUCCAGAUGUGAGUGCUAAACAGAUAUGGAUAGACAAAACGGUGAUAAAUGACAAUAUCUGCUUGACAUUCACUGAUAAUGGAAAUGGUAUGAACUCAGAGAAGCUCCACAAAAUGCUAAGCUUUGGCUUCAGUGAGAAAUCCAUGAUGAAUGGCCGUGUUCCAGUGGGACUGUAUGGAAACGGGUUUAAGUCGGGAUCCAUGCGCCUGGGAAAAGAUGCAAUAGUCUUCACCAAGAAUGGGGAUACCAUGAGCGUCGGCCUCCUGUCUCAAACUUUCCUUGAAGUCACAAAAGCAGAACAUGUCAUGGUUCCUAUAGUGACAUUUAACAACCAACGACAGAUAAGUGACCCAGCAGAAUCCAAAAACAGCCUGAAGGCCAUCUUAACACAUUCUCUAUUUUCUACUGAGGAGAAAUUACUGGCAGAGCUAGAUGCUAUAAUGGGGAAAAAAGGAACGAGAAUUAUUAUUUGGAAUCUUAGAAGAGAUAAAAAUGAAAAAACAGAGUUUGACUUUGACAAGGAUAAAUACGACAUCAGAAUUCCAGAAGACUUGGAUGAAACAGGCAAAAGAGGAUACAAAAAACAAGAGAGAUUGGACCAGAUUGUUCCUGAAAGUGACUACUCACUGCGAGCUUAUUGCAGUAUUUUGUAUCUGAAGCCAACAAUGCAGAUCAUUCUGCGAGGACAAAAAGUGAAAACACAGCUGGUUUCCAAAAGCCUUGCCUUCAUUGAACGUGAUAUAUAUAGGCCAAAAUUUUUGAAUGCUAAAACAGUAAGAAUUACUUUUGGAUUUAACUGCAGAAACAAAGAUCAUUAUGGGAUAAUGAUGUACCAUAAAAACAGACUCAUCAAAGCUUAUGAAAGAGUUGGAUGUCAGUUAAAGGCAAACAACAUGGGUGUUGGUGUUGUUGGGAUUAUUGAAUGCAACUUCCUAAAACCAACUCAUAAUAAACAAGAUUUUGACUACACAAAUGAAUACAGACUUACAAUAGCAGCACUAGGAGAAAAGCUUAAUGAUUACUGGAAUGAGAUGAAAACAAAGAAAAACGAAGAGCAUCCCUUAGCUUUGCCAGUUGAGGAGAUACAAAAACAACCUGAUCAGACGUGGGUGCAAUGUGAUGGGUGUCUGAAAUGGCGGAAGCUGCCAGAUGGAAUCGAGCACUUGCCGGAUAAGUGGUACUGCUCACUGAACCCUGACCCACAGUUCCGGAAUUGCAAUGUGCCAGAAGAACCAGAAGAUGAUGAUUUAAUACAUCCUACAUAUGAAAAAACUUACAAGAAGAAAGACAGGGAAAAACUGAAGAAGCGACUGGAGUACAGCCAUCAGAUCAAUAAUGAAAUGUUUCUAAAAACAACUGUUUCCUCAAGUAAAGACUUCAAAACAUUCUCACCUGUGGUUGGAAAGGAAGCUGUUCCAAGAGCAGUUUUACCAGAAACAUCAAAUGCUUCUGUCAAGAGACCUCUGCUUAUUAUAAAUAGAUCUGUUUCUUCACCUCAUUCUGAUUCUGAUAACAGUCUUAAACGGAAGACACCUGGUUGCAUGACACCUGUGUCUUCAAAGACACCUCGGUUAAAUGACAAAGCAUUCAACAACCAUGAUGAUGAUGAUGUCAUUAUUUUAGAGGAGAGCAGCACUCCAAAGCCUUCAGCAGAUGCUGAUGUUCCUGUGGUAAAAACUGAGUGCAUUAAUUUGGAUCAAGAAGAGAAGCAGACAGAAAACUGUAAUGUCGAAGAACCUUGCAGUGCAAGUACUUCAGAACCAAAAAGUGAACAGCUGACCUCAGCAACACAGACAGAGCUCCCAAACGUAGUUGUUAAAAAGGAAGAGGCAGAAGAUGAAACCGAUAUUCCAGUUCCCAGGGCAGAGAUGGAAACUGAACAGCACAGGGCUAAUGGUGUUUCUGGGACAUCUGUAAAUCUUGAACAUGAACUGAAAAUUCAGCUGCAGUUAUUAAACAAAGAAAAAGAAAUGUACCAAGCCAAAUGUGAAGUAUUAACCAAACAAGUAGAAACACUGGAACAGAAAAUUUUGGAGAUGAAUAAUAAGUAUGUAAAGAAAGAGAUGUGCCAUCAGUCUACUGAGACAGUUUCUUUAUUUCAAGAAGAAAAAGGUCAUGAAAGAAGUUUGGCAGAAGUGACUGUUCUCUAUGAACAGGCCUUAGAAGAAAUAGCAAAACUAAAGGAACAAUGCAGUACUCUGCAGAACUUAAAAACUGAAUGCAGCAAGUGUGCCGAUGGUGAAAAUAAGAGCGAGGUAGAUGAAAUCGCUGUGCAACUGGAUGAUGUUUUCAGGCAACUGGACAAGUGCAGUAUUGAGAGAGACAGAUACAAAAGUGAGAUUGAACUACUAGAAGUGGAAAAAAAUCAAAUUGCCUGUCAGUGUGAAGAAUUGAAAGCAGAAAUUGCACAGUUAAAAGCUUCGAUUCCACAAGCAGUAGCACAAGCAAAUGAUUCUACCACCAGUAAUGUAGAAGACUCAGUAAAUUUUUCUGAUGGAGAAAGCCUGAAGCUACGUUCUCUUCGAGUGAAUGUCGGACAGCUUCUAGCUACAAUCAUGCCUGAUCUGGACUUGCAGCAAGUAAAUUAUGAUAUUGAUGUAGUAGAUGAAAUUUUAGGACAAGUUGUAGAACAAAUGCACGAAAUCAGUAGUACUUAGUAUUAAGAUUUUAGCAGACUCUUACGUGAUCUUCCAUUAUAACGUUUCUGUAGAUUCAAAAUUGUAUAUACUACUUCUUCACUUUAUAUAUUUGACAUAGUUUGAUCAGUAAGUGUAUAUAUACUCUGCAUUUAAAUGUUCCCAACAGAUGCAGUGGGUGUUACCUUUACUUCCUCUUAAAGGAACACUGUCAAUGUUGACUUAAUUAAGGAUUGUACUUAAUUAAAGAUUUUGCUUUUAAAAUGUAUUUGUAAUUAAAUUUGCAAAUAUUUUUAUUAGUAGGAAUCUUAAUACUUUUUGUACAAAAGUUUUUUUUGUUAAAUUCUGAUCUUAUAAGCAUUAAUACGUGCAAUUAUUUCAUCUUCUAAAAUCUUAAGUGGUGGAAUAUAUUAAAAAUGAAAAAAAAAAAAGAACAAAAAGAACCUUCUUACCUUCUUUGAUUACCUUCCCAGAGCAAACCUUAGUCGCAUUGUUGUAUACUGCAGUAUUGCUUCAUUACUAAAGCAGUGUUGUAUGUUGCAUUACUGGGAUAGAAGUGUAACUUGGGACAUAUGGGUAAUAUUUGUGGUUUACUACCAAAAGAAGAAAAAUUCUUCAAGGUUUUUAUCCUGAAAACCGAUUAUAUUUGACUGCCUUUUGGAUUUUCUUGUGUCACUAAAGAACAUCUGUACAUAGUUUAGCAGCAUAAACACGCCCAUAGGAUGCAGCUAGGAUAUUUCAGCCCUUUCCAUGAUGGAAACUACAAGCCUGUUUGUGUCCUGCCCUUUCUACUUGAUUGUUGUUUUCUUGUACAUCUAAGAACCUGUCUGUAUCUGAGCACAGUCAGCAGGAUCUUCAGUUCUACUCUGUAGUUCUAUUUGAACACAGCAGUUUUGGUUGACGGGUCCAGGUAUGUACCAGUACAUGGCUUCAGUGGUCAGAUUUUACACAAAGCUUUUGCCUGCUUUUUUCCAAGUCAAAAGCAGCUGGUGGAAUGAGAAGCACCUUGGUGGACCAUUGGAGAGAACAAGCUGGGGUGGGAGCCCUGAGCCACCUCUGCUCUCCAUCCAGUGCUGCCGCUUGAGACCUGGAGACCUUAUUUCAGGGAAGCCCAGUGCUGUACAGGAUUGACACAGGUUCUGUGCUGUAUCCAAAUGUUUGUAUAUAUUAUCUCAAAACCCAAAUUGCUUCAGUAUUAAACAUGUAGUAUGCCUUGGGGUCUUUCUGGCUGAGAUAUGAGGAUGCUGAGAUUUAUCUCUGAAACUUACCUUUUUAUCAGAAGGUACCACGAUGACUCUGAAUGCAUCAGCCUGCUAAAUCCUUGAUUAAUUAGUUGAAUGGAAAUAGUUUUAAAAGAGGCUGUGUUUCCUUAUCUGUGGUGUUAACAGAGUGAACUAAAGCUGAAAAUGUUCAACUAUAACUCGUUUAUGCUAUCUUAAAGUUUAGACAUCAUUUAUAAUAGGUAAGAUACGUGAGUCCCCCUUUGCCUCUCCUCUUUUUUUCUCCCCCCCCUGCCCCCAAAUGUUUUACAGUGACUCUUAAGCCACUACUUCUAUGCUCUAAUCCUCAUGCAAAUAAUUCCUGGAAGAAAUGGUACUCAGAGAAAUCACUGUAACAGUGGUGACAGUAUUUUCACUCAAUUGCAUAUUUUUUCUUUUGAAGUUGUUAGUAAUGGGAAGAAAGGUGGCAAGGAUAGCAGAUCCACCUUUUACUUUGUGGUGGUAUUUGUCAUCCAAAAAAUGAUUCUUGCUUUUUAAAAAGUUUAAAAAAAAAUUGGAAAAAAAAAUCAUGAAAUAGUGUUUGAUACAUUCAUUUCUAGGAAGCAUAUUUUUUUUUAAAAAGCCAACAUUUUUGGCUUUUGCACUGCUACUGGCCUGAUUUAAUUGAAUUAUAUUCCUCUUAGUUGUAGUUCAGUCAGUUUCUUCUGUGGGCAGUAUUUCUAUUUCAAGAUGCUGUCUACUCUAGUAUGCCAAUAAGGGUAAUGCAAUACUCUUGUACUUUAUAAUGGAUAAAUUGAAUGCUUUUUUUGAAGAGGUGGCUGUAAUAUAACUGUUCGUAUGACUUUUAAAAAGUUUGUAUUUUCCAGUUAUUGGUGUGUAGUUUUCCAUUUCUUAAUCAUUAUUUAUUAUGUUUCAUCAGACCAUAGUUGAGUUUCUUACAAACAACUGGUAAAAUACAGCAUAUGUCUAUAUUAAAAAAUUGCAAAUUUACAAUGUACAUUUACACUUUGGAGAACAGUGGACUAAUGGAAAUGCUUUUUAUUUACUUGUUAAAAUUAUUUUUUGUAAAAAAUAAAAUUAAAAAAAACCUAUAUAAAUCUGCAUUUGCAGGAUCAAAACUGAUAUGUGAUCAAAUGCAAUGUUUUUGUUUAUAAAUAAAUACUAUGCAGAAUGGUUAA